GUGAGGCGGAGCGUGCCGCUUCCGGUUUUUGCGCCAGGACAGUGUGUGUGUGUGAGAGAGUGGGGGGCGGGGCGGUGAGGCUCGCCAACCGUUUGCCCGGUCGCGCGAUGGCGGAGAAGUUCGACAACCUGGAGGAGCAGCUGGAGAAGUUCAUCGAGAACAUCCGGCAGCUCGGCAUCAUCGUCAGUGACUUCCAGCCCAGCAGCCAGGCCGGCCUCAACCAGAAGCUAAAUUCUAUGAUUACGGGGUUGCAGGAUGUCGAUAAAUGCCGACAACAACUGCAUGAUAUUAAUGUGCCUCUGGAAGUAUUUGAAUAUAUUGAUCAAGGCCGAAAUCCUCAACUUUACACCAAAGAAUGCCUGGAGCGAGCCUUGGCCAAGAAUGAACAAGUCAAAGGAAAAAUUGACACAUUAAAGAAAUUCAAGGGACUUCUGAUUCAUGAACUGAGCAAAGUUUUUCCUGAAGAAAUGUCCAAAUACCGAGCUAUCCGAUGUGAAGAUCACCUGUCCACGUAGCUGGAUACAAUAAGUUCUAUUUGAUGGAAUGGAACUGCUUCCUUUUUUCAGGAUCUAACUGAAUGUGGCUAACCUUUUGCAGCCAGAGUUGUUCUUCCUCGAUGCUGAAAAGUCAUGCAAAAUUUGUUUCCUACUGGAAAAUUGACUAGAAACUUACUUGAGAAAUGUGCAAAGGCCUUCUUACUUCCGAGAUGUAUUAGUGUUUGGACUAAAUGGGAUUUAUUUAGUACAUGACAUAACGUGAAGGCACCACUGUUUGGAUGGGAAGAUAAACUCAGUAAAAUAGAUUGAAAUACUUUUGUACCAGUAUAUGUGAUAAAAUCACUUUGUAGAGUGCUAGUCAAUGCAGCAAUUUUUGUAACAAAAUAAGUUCUUUGCUACCAGAGUGCUUAACCAGAUUUUUGGCUUAUCAUAUUUAUUACUAACUGUACAAUUUUUGAAUGGAUUCAAAAUGACAAAUGAGACCAUUAGAAAACUGAAACAAAAGAGACUGUUUAGCUCAGCAUAUAUUAUCCAGAGUCCAUGGGUGUCCUUCCACACUGCAGUAACAAAUACUAAAGUUUUUCCAUGACUCUGCUGACAGUGCAGAAUCAGGUAGUGAUGUUAAUUAUUUCUGAAAUCUCAAUCUCACUGUUUAACAGUUAAUAUCACAGCUUUAAUACAGUGCUAGUCAUUCCCAAUCAAUCAUUGUCCUGAAAUGUUCAUUGUUUCUUUGUCCACAAAUGCUGUCAGACCUGAGUGUUUCUGGAAUUUUCUGAUUUUGUUCUAACUCUGCUUUGUGGGUUGGAGAGGGGAGGAAAGGGUAUUUUUCUGGUCCUUGAGGUUUGUGAAUUUUUAUAUGUCCUUAAGGCAUAUGUUCAUGGAAAUAAAAUUAGAUUUUUCCAGA